AUGAACCUGGCUGGUGCUGGGAUGGCGCGCACUGGCGGCACCACAAUCACCACUGGAAGGUCGGCCGCAGCUAUCCAGUCGAUUCGCCUCCCAGGGCUUCUAGAAGUGGGACAGAAGACGUCAAAUUUUCCUGCUGUCAAUGCCGGGAUUCAAGUCCUGUCCAGGCGCCACCAGGCUCUCAAUUUGCACUGCCCACGACUCGACGGAGCCGUGCACGGCAAUGAAGAUCUCGACGUCGAAUCGGAGAAAGGUCCCAAGGCAAAGGUGGAGUGGUUGCUGGGUGGUCGCCGGGUGGUCGCCAUCACCUUCGUAUCACACCUGCAGCCAAUGAACAUGGCCGAGGCGGCUGACUCGGUUCAAAUUGUCGCAAACGUCGCAAAGAUCCUGCCCGGUGGUCGCGUCAGGGUCUACUGA